AUGAAAAAGGGGACCGCAAAUGUCCAGACCCACAACAGCACAGACCAGGACCGGGACGCAGAACAGCUGGAUGAGGUUGGCCAGACCUCGAACCUAUACGAUUUUAUGGCCAUUAUUCUGACCAAGUUCAGCUUUGUUGUGGAUGUAGAGGCUGAUUCACGCAAUAAGACGGCAUUGUUGGGCGUCAAUCCGAAGCGCACGUAUCUGCCGCCAGAGUACACGUGCUCGCAAUGG